AUGGAGGAUAAACAUCAAAACCUUAUUAAGGCAAACUACACUAUAUUGGUGAAGAAGAUGAUGGCAAUUCGAGUCGCGGAACAUUUGUAUGCUUCAAACAUAAUCACCGACGAAAUGAGGCAACGCAUAGAAGCCGAGAAAACCAGUUACGACCAAAGCAGAAAACUGAUUAGUAUCAUUUUACGUCGAGGAUCGAGGGCUUUUGUGGGAUUCCGAAUGGCCUUAAUGAAAGCCAAUCAAGCUGAUUUAUCGAGACUCUUGAUGAAUAACGACGAUGAUACGAAGUCUGAAUACGAAAAGAAAUUAGCUAUGGCAAGAUCUUUAGUCAUUCCUACCAAAGAAAGAGGAGAUUCCGGAAACCAAUCAAAGAAAGCUACACACCCUCAGUCUCAGGAGCCAAGAUGUAGGAUAAGUCUGGAUGACUUUAAUGACCUGUUCCUCACCGUCAUGCCUUACAAGGGAACGGUUUACGUUCACAUUCGCCAUCUCGCAGAAUCCCAUGGUCGUCUCAUUGCCACAAAGAAAGGAGUCACCUUUCCUUUGGCUCGUUGGUUAAAAUUUGAAUCCCUUCUUCCAGAUAUCGAAGACUACAUAGACAACAUUGGAAAGGAGAAUGGAGAAGUGCAGUGGCAUAUUGGCGGAGGCGUGUUCGUCUCGUUGUCACCCGGCUACCCUACAGUGGAUAUAAGACACUUUUGGAAGCCCGACGAUGCCCCAGAACCCAUACCGACAAAGAAGGGUGUCACUUUGAACGGAAACAAACUAGCCAGACUUAGAGAUGCCCUUGAAGAAAUGCAUGAAUCUGUUCCAGAGCUCAAAGACACCGAACUCUGUAUGUUCAGCGAAUCUCAUCAAAAUCAACUUGGAAUGUUAGACUGUCCCGAAUGUACCCCGUUCGGUUACGAUGCCCAAGACAAUAUGUCCAAGGAAUGCAAUGUGGGAGAUUUACAGGACGUGAAAUCGAUUGAGAGUGAUCUUGAUUGACCUAAUGACCAUGAACACUGAAUUCAAAAUUAAU